AUGGCUCAUGCCUCUCCGGCGGUAUCGCCAUCGAAUAAGGUACCAGCCUCAUCCAAAACUACAUUCCACUUCCUCGCCGGACUGGCUUCCGGCCUCACCUCUUCGAUCCUCCUCCAACCCGCCGAUCUCCUCAAAACGCGACUGCAGCAAUCUACUCGCACCGCCUCGCUCUCUGCUACUCUACGCUCCAUCAUCUCCUCGCCGAACCCGAUCCGCUCGUUAUGGCGUGGCACACUCCCGUCUGCUCUCCGAACGGGUUUCGGAUCAGCCUUGUACUUUACAUCCUUGAACGCGCUGCGCCAGGAAGUCGCGCGACGAGGGCCGGCCAUGGCGCUCGCCGGUAGCAGUGCUGCGAAUACCAUCAACAAUAAUAAAAACGGCUACUCCUCAUCAGCACUACCAAAACUGUCCCACACUGCAAACCUGCUCACAGGCGCUGUCGCGCGCACAGCCGCGGGUUUCAUCAUGAUGCCCGUCACCGUGCUCAAAGUCCGGUAUGAGUCGGACUACUACGCCUAUCGCAGUCUGGGGAGUGCCGCCAGGGACAUAUUUCGUACCGAGGGUAUCCGCGGCCUCUUUGCUGGCUUUGGAGCCACGGCGGUGCGUGAUGCGCCGUACGCCGGUAUUUAUGUUGCUUUUUACGAGCAGUUUAAACGCAAUCUCUCUGGGUUUUGGGCGGGAAGUACUUCCACAAACAACAACACAAAUAUAUCCUCGUCUACUGUAAACUUCACCUCGGGCGCUCUUGCGGCAGGUCUCGCCACAGCCGUCACAAACCCAUUCGACGCAGUCAAAACAAGGAUUCAACUUCGACCAGAAAAGUAUCGAAACAUGUUCCAUGCGCUGAAGCUGAUUGUCAAGGAAGACGGUGGCAAGGGUCUGUUUCGCGGGCUCGGGCUGAGGAUGGGUCGGAAAGCGAUUAGUUCGGCGUUGGCCUGGACGGUGUAUGAAGAAUUGAUUAUGCGUGCGGAAAAGAGGUGGUCUGUCCAGGAGGGGAUGAGUUUGUAA